CCAGUGUACUUUAUCCUAUUGUUGUCACACAACCUGAGCUGACUGCCUUUUUGACAGUGUUAUGAACUAGGGUGUCUAUAGCUAAUAUUGAAAUAUUUGUGUAACUGCUUUUAAAUACACUUAAUAUUGUAAUUCAUUCCACAAUCUUUCUCUGGGACUGUAAUGUAAAGAGUUACCAAACAGAUAGCGAGAGAAAGCACGCUGUUUCCCGAUGGCGAUUGAUGAGCAUCCCCCUCCCCAGAGCUCCUGGUGUUUCUAUAGUAAUUUCCAGCCAAUGAUCAGUUGGUGUCCACAUCCCCAUCCUCCUCACCUCAGCACCAAUCAGCCACACACAGCGACAGGAGACACCUCACCUCCAGUCAUCGACAACGGACAACAGCCUUAACCCGGACGCCAUCACAAACAUAUACCUUUCCUUCUACUUUUCUUCGCAUGAACAAUGGCGUUUUGUGCGUAAAGAUGGUGUUUGUGUAGUAAUCACUCGGCGCGUGUUUAUGGUGUAUUCAUCGCAGUAAUGUGCUGCUCUAGUGUCUGGAUUGUCUGUUUCAUAGCUACAAUGUAGAGAGGAUAAACCAGGAUGGUAACGUCUUGUGUCUAACAAGCUUCACCUUGACAAAAACCAACUGCUACCCUCCCCCAAAUAUUUCUUGUGAACGCUUGAAACUUAUCAGUCAUGUCUAAUCUUAACAAUGCACUUUGCAUUGAAAGCGGCCAAAGCACAGACGUGUCACUCUUGCAAAAGGAUAAUCUUCAGGACGGUGGAUUAAGCCAGCUGUUGGAUUACAAUGCCGAAAUGGAAAGGUACAGGUCGUUUGCAAACUUUUACAAAACUAAUGGGGCAUUUCCACAGACUGCUAAGAUUGCCCGCAUAACGACACCAAUUUUUCCCAGUGCCAGAAUCGGUGUGUCCCCUUGGAACUGUGAUAACAGCAUGCUCUGGGGAAGGAAAUCAGCUGCAAUAAACCCUAAUAGGACCAGCAUGCAUAGAAAUGACUCCCAAAGGCCGGGGAAACCUGGCGUGCCGCCAGAGACGCUGCAAAUGGCAAAUAAUAAUUUCCUCUCUAGCUUAUCCCCUGAACACUGCAGACCUUUAGCAGGAGAAUGCAUGAACAAGCUGAAAUGCGGUGCUGCUGAAGCAGAGAUAAUGAAUCUCCCGGAACGUGUUGGAACUUUUUCCGCUAUUCCGGCUUUAGGGGGCAUCUCAUUACCUCCCGGGGUCAUCGUCAUGACAGCCCUUCACUCCCCCGCAGCCUCAGCAGCCGUUACAGACAGUGCGUUUCAAAUUGCCAAUCUGGCAGACUGCCCACAGAAUAAUUCCUCUGCAUCCAGCGGAAACACAGCAAAAAAGAAAAGGAAAAGGUGUGGGGUCUGCGCUCCCUGCAGGAGGCUAAUCAACUGUGGAGUGUGCAGCAGUUGUCGGAACCGUAAGACGGGCCACCAGAUCUGCAAGUUUCGGAAAUGCGAGGAGCUAAAAAAGAAGCCUGGCUCAUCACUAGAGAGAACACCGGUAAACAAUGGGGAAGCAUUUCGAUGGUUCUUUUAGGACUCUGAACCAAGUGACAUCCGCAGUGGUCACAGACUUUCUACAAAAGGAACUUGCAGGGCAACAGGGACCCAAAAUGAAACCCAGACUGUGGAUCACAUGAGAGAGUAUGAGAGAGGGUGGGAAAAAAAAACCUUUGUAAUUUUAUUUUCUGUGUAAGUAAUAUUGUAAUUUUGGCAGCAUCAUAAUGUAUAUUUUUCAGUGUCUAUCAAUGUGUUUCAGUGUCUUGGUUGUGCAAGUUGCAGCCAUUCUUGUAAAGAACUGAGUAGACAAUCAUUACAAACAGGAGAAAAUAAUGUCAACUGAUGGGCUAUUGGCCAAAGGGAUCACACACCUCUUUAAAACACUACAUAAAUAUUUAGAUGGAGCAAUAAUCAUAAAGGUAAUUUGUCUCUGUCAUCAUAUUCCAGCUUUCUCUGGAAUGAUCUUAAGAAUACCUCUUUUCACCUAAACCAGUUUGAGAGGACACGUUGUGACCUCUGUUAUUAAUGUGAUGUUUUGUAAUCGACACACUAUGUACGAACAGUAAACAAAAGCCAGUUUCUUUAUGUUCAGGAGUGCUGAUUUUGUGUGGCAUAUUGCAGUGCAGGGCACAUUAUCUUGUUGCCACGGCGCACUUUUAAAAGUCUGGUAAGACUGAGAGAAGGUGUUUUGAGGUUAUUUGUAUAGUCUCUCAAAGUUCGAUUGCAUUCCACUUAGUUUUGGUUAAAAAAAAAUGCCUAAAGGUAGGUAGAGAGCCAGUUAAGAGCUUUUGUGAACAUUAAGAUUAGUGACUUUAUUUUUAAUUCUCACAACACAGUAAACUACACAUUCCGAAAUUAAUUAUUCAAUAAGUUGCUCAUUGUCUUUACCCUAAUGUUGCAUGUGUAAAUGUGUUUUAAUUAAAUAAAAUUGUAUAUUGUUGUUGUGAUGCUUUUAUGUGUUAAAACAAUAAAGGAAACAAAAAAAGUGUGA